UCGCCGUGCCCACUAGCGAGGGAGCGGAGCGGUGGAUGGAAGCGGCGGCGCUGCCGCCCUGGGGCCGAGGAACAGCGCGGGUGGGCGCAGAAAGCCCCCGGGUUUGGGGGCUGGGCCCUGCGGGGACCGGUGCCAGCGCCUGCUUUGCGGUCGCCCUCGCCCCCGCCCCUCCCGGCCGCCGGGGUGCACGGAGGGGGACGGCCCAGCCCGUGGAGGCUCCGCACCCGAUACCGGCUCUCAGCAGUAUUAUUUAUAGCAGAUCCUUUGAGCGUGAGGGAUCCCCGAGCUGUGCCGAGCCCAUGAGAAUGCCGGCGUGCUGCAGCCGGUAACAGCGUAAGCGCCGCGGCGAGGAGCGGGCACUCGGCAGCGCAGGUUUCGUCAGAGCUUCUGAUCUUCACUUCAACUCCUGUGUCAUGGAUGAGACAGCUUUGUCCCUUGGAACAAUAGAUGUUUCCUAUUUGUCCACCUCAGCAGAGUGCAGUAUCAGUAGAUGCAAGCAUUCCAAUGAAGAAUGGGGAGAGUGUAACUCUAGGCCCACUCUCUUCCGAUCUGCCACUUUAAAAUGGAAAGAGACUUUGCUGAGCAGAAAAAGGCCGUUUGUGGGACGAUGUUGCUACGUAUGCACUCCCCAGAGCCGGGAUAACUUCUUCAAUUCCAGUAUUCCUUCUUUGGGUCUACGUAAUGUCAUAUAUAUCAAUGAAACACAUACAAGGUACAGAGGGUGGCUUGCAAGACGUUUUUGUUACAUCCUUUUUGUGCAAGAGAGGGAUGUACAUAAGGGUAUGUUUGCCAAGAAUCUGACAGAAAAUGUGCUGAAUAACAGCAGAGUCCAGAAGGCCAUUGUAGAUGAAGCUUCCGAACCAAGUGCUCCAGGUAGUUUUGCUCAAACAGAUCCUAAAGCUAUCAACAAAGUGAAGAAAAAAGCUAGAAAAAUUCUUCAGGAAAUGGUAGCAAAUGUGUCACCUGCUUUAAUCAGGUUGACUGGCUGGGUAUUACUGAAGCUGUUCAACAGCUUUUUCUGGAAUAUUCAGAUCCACAGAGGUCAAAUAGAAAUGGUGAAAGCAGCAACAGAGAUGAAUUUGCCUCUCAUCUUCUUGCCUGUUCAUAAGUCCCACAUAGAUUACCUGCUCCUUACGUUCAUUCUUUUCUGCCAUAACAUCAAAGCACCCUACAUUGCUGCAGGGAACAAUCUCAACAUCCCCAUCUUCAGCACCUUGAUCCGCAAGCUGGGAGGGUUUUUCAUUCGCCGGAAGUUGGAUCAGAGUCCUGACGGUCGUAAGGACUUCCUCUACAGAGCUUUGCUCUAUGUGCACAUAGAAGAACUGCUGAAACAGCAGCAAUUUUUAGAAAUAUUCUUGGAAGGCACAAGAUCUCGAAGUGGAAAGACAUCUGGAGCAAAAGCAGGUCUUUUAUCUGUGGUGGUAGAUGCUCUCUUCUCAAAUGCUACUCCUGAUGUCCUAAUUAUACCUGUGGGAAUCUCCUAUGAUCGCAUAAUUGAAGGUCACUACAACAGUGAACAGCUGGGUAAGCCUAAGAAGAAUGAAAGCCUUUGGAGUAUAGCUAGAGGAGUCUUCAGAAUGCUGAGGAAGAAUUAUGGAUGUGUCAGAGUAGAUUUUGCACAACCAUUUUCCUUAAAAGAAUAUGUAAAUAGCCAAAGCCAAAAACCUUUGCCUGCUCCACUUUCUCUGGAACAAGCUUUGUUACCAGCUAUUCUCCCAUCAAGACCUAAUGAUACUGUGGAUGAAGGUACAGAGGCCUCACUGUCCAACUCCAGAGAUGUCACCAGCGAGCCCUUCAGAAGAGAGCUGAUAGCCAACUUGGCUGAGCAUAUUUUGUUUACUGCUAACAAGUCCUGUGCUGUGAUGUCUACCCACAUUGUUGCCUGUUUGCUGCUGUACAGACACAGGCAGGGAACCGAUCUUUCCAGAUUGGUAGAAGAUUUCUUCUCCAUGAAAGAGGAGGUUUUAGCCCGGGACUUUGACUUAGGAUUUUCAGGGAAUUCAGAUGAUGUUGUCAUGCAUGCCAUCCACUUGUUGGGGAACUGUGUAAAUAUCACCAACACCAGCCGAAACAACGAGUUCUUCAUCACUCCCAGCACGACAAUCCCUGCUGUCUUUGAACUCAACUUCUACAGCAACGGAGUGUUUCAUGUGUUCAUUAAAGAGGCCAUCAUUGCCUGCAGUCUUCAUGCAAUUCAGAGCAGGAGGUACAGAAAUGGUACCAAUGGUGUUUCACCCAGUUUGAUAAGUCAAGAACACUUGGUCCGAAAAGCUGCCAGCUUGUGUUACUUGCUUUCUAAUGAGUUUACUGUGUCUUUGCCUUGCCAGGUGAUAUAUCAAGUUUGCCAUGAAUCUGUGGAAAGGCUGAUACAGUAUGGUAUUCUUCUGGUGGCUGAGCAGGAUGAUCAGGAGGAUGUUAGCCCAGGUCUUACAGAACAGCAGUGGGAUAAAAAACUCCCUGAGCCGUUAUCCUGGAGAAGUGAUGAAGAAGAUGAAGACAGUGAUUUUGGAGAGGAGCAGAGAGAUUGCUACCUGAAGGUGAGCCAAUCUCAAGAGCAUCAGCAGUAUAUCACUUUCCUGCAGAGGUUAUUGGGACCUUUAUUGGAGGCAUACAGCUCUGCUGUCACCUUUGUGCACAAUUUCAGUGGUCCUGUUUCAGAGUCUGAAUACCUUCAAAAGUUACACAGGCACUUAAUAAGCAGGACAGAGAGAAAUGUUGCUGUUUAUGCUGAGAGUGCUACCUACAGUCACGUGAAAAAUGCAGUGAAAGUCUUUAAGGAAAUUGGGGUUUUCAACCAGACAAAACAAAGGAAAGACACCAUUUUGGAACUGAGCACUACGUUCCUACCUCAGCGCAACAGGCAGAGACUGCUGGAAUUUGUCAUGAGCUUCAUGGUAAUAUAAACCACAUACAGCACCUUUGUCCAAGGACAUGAAGACAGGUCUUGAGACUGUGUCAAAGCCUGGGGACGUUUGCUAAUCCUUCGAAGUGUAAGGUGCCACUGUCUGUAUAAGGCCUUCUCUGACUUGAACUACUGGAAGACAAGUGCCUUCUUAUGUAUGCAUUUAUGGGUUUCUUAAGUCCCAGUCCUGUUGUAAUACAGUGAUCCUCAGAUGACACUUUGGAUACGAGUAAUUAAACACAUUGCAAUAAGCAAGAGAAAUUAGUAGGAUUAGAUUUAAAAUUAAGAAUGAAGUUUUAUCAGUGUUAACAUUUUAAAUGUACUUUUAAAGACUGCAAGAGAUGCACAAAUCCAUGUAUUGGUGAUCCGUAGCUAACCCUGAGAUCUUGAGUUUAGUGGCAACACAGCUUUAUGGCAUAAAAAAAGUAACUUUGAUUCCAAUUCAGUUUUAUUGUUUUAAAUAAAUGAUUAUUUUUUUUUGCUUAUACAUGAUAAAUACUUCAUGGAUAAAGCCAUAGUUUUUCAUAAUUAUUAACAUAAAUGCCAAAACUCUAAGGAGAAUAACACUUAACAGACAUCUGAGAACAACAAUCAUUUGGCAGAUGAUUGUGAGAAGGGUCAGCAGGCACACCUUGCACAACUGUAGCUGUGUAGUGCAGUGGUAAAUUGCACUAAUCUCUGCUGUCAUGAAGAAUGUGAGAGUAGCAUUCUUGGUUUUGUUAUGGUAGCUGUCAUUCAGCCAGAUGAAAGUCAGGAGACAGUUGCCUGAAUGUGAAUAUCUUGUGAAAUCUUAGGUGAUUAUUUAAUUGAAAAAAAAAAGCUAUUAAGUUUGGGUCUUUGUUUUGUGGUUUGUUUUUUUGUCGUUGUUGUUUGGAUGGGUUUGGUUUUGUUUCUACAUAAUAGAAUGUCAGGUUUAAUUUUUUUUUUCUGAUGGAGUAAAAAUUUGAUUUUAUGAGGGGAAAAAAAAUUUGGCCCUAAUAAUUUCAGCAAUAACUUCUGCAAGUGUUCAUGCUGUAUUCUCUUGUUGAGCAGAUGUAAAUUGGCAUGAAGUACUAACCUCUAGAAAGACAGAAAUGUCAUGAACAGUGUGGAUUUGACUCCAAUUUAACUGACUUACAAACACAAUAAUUUUUAGACAAAAGUGAAUGGUUAAUAAAUUCUGGGAUUCUGGUCUUGCAAUCUGAUCCUUUUGCAUGGAGCACUUGCACUGUAGAUUUCAUCUUCUCUCCAUGUGAAUGGAGAUUAGAUUGCAGCCUGUGGUCCUGUAUUUUAGUACAGCUGAUCUAGCUGAAGCAAUAAUGGUAUGUGAAGCUGUUUUGCUUGUGAAAUGUGUUUUGCCUCGCUUUGAUUGCCUUCUCUAUGAAGGAAAUCAAACAUUUCAACUUUCCUCUUGAUUCUUGCACCCUGGCUUUGUGAAGCAGAAAGUUCCCCAACCUUCACCAUGCAGUCUCUGUCGCUUAACAUAAAUACGGGAAAGCAUACUUGAAUCUCAGCACUUGCACUGUUAAUGCCAGCACAAAACCCAUGCAUCAGACUGGAGUUUGCAGCCGAGGAGCUUGCAUUUGUACUGCACGUUUGUCAAGGAGAAUAUUUCUGUACAUUUUUUAUUAAAUGCUAUUAAUAUUUGGAAGCUGCAGUUUAUCUUUGAUUAACAGGAUACUGUUAGCACUGUGAGACGCAUGUGUCUUGUCACUAAACCAGGUGCUCUACGACACUUAAAAAGACUUUCUGAACCAAAGCUAUGUUAAUAGGGAUAGAAACUGACCCUAGAGUCACUUUUGGUUUUAUGUCCUUCUGCUGUCUCAGCAGGAUAGUGACUACAUCACACAUAAUUUUUGUGAAGUCUACUAGCUCUUUAGGAAAACAGUUUCAUCUCAUACUACUAACAUGCACUCUUUGUUAAUCUAAUGAAUGUUUCCUACAGUGGUUGUUGCUGAUGGCUUCCAUUUUAUGUCAAAAAAAAAUGAUGAGGUGCUUCUAAAUAAUGAGCUCUUAACAGUUUACUGCAUUUCAGUAAAUCUGAAGUGUACUAACAGCAAAGAUUGUACAUACAUAGAUUCUUAAAAAUGAAGCAAUAUAAAGCAAAAAAAAAAAAUCCAAACAAAACUUGAGUCAUUUUAUUAAGAGUAUUCUGCCAACUGAUGUAUUAGUUACCAUAAAACCCAGGUGUACUGUGGGCAUUGAGAGUGUUCUGGCUAGGAGUUACAGCUAAGGAUAUUUAUGUCUUACAUUAAAAGAAAAAAAAGACAACAAAUCUGGUUAAUAUAAAUCAGUGCAUGGGUAGGGUAUUAAUGUAUGUGAAGACACAUUAAUGAUUACAUUUAUGUGCAGAGGGAGGAGGCACCUCUAAAACUGGUUUGAUUUGGUGUAUGAAAAAAUGCUGCAUGUGAGAAAUCAGCACUGAGUCGUAUGGCCCUGGAAGCCUUUGCAUUCUGCAGCAGGUGUAUCUCUGUGUGUGUGUAUAUAUAUAUGUGUAUAUAUAUAUAUGCAAGUGUGUAUGUUUUGACACAUGGUAACAAUGCUUUUUCCUGGAUAUAAAGCACAGAAUAUAAUGUUAUCAGGCUGUAACAGUCAAACUAAACCCAACACUUUUGCACUGUAUUUAUACCUCCAGUGUCUUCUGAUUUUAUUAACCUCUCAUCUUUCCUGUGCUGAUAGAAUGCCAGGUUAAUUCCAGUAAAGUUAGCCAGUAAACAAGGAAGGACUGGCCUUCAGUUACCACAGGUGUAUUUUAAGACUCUUCUCUUGCAAAGACUUAUAUGAGUCUUAUGAGCAUUUUACUCAGGUGCGAAAGUCUUUUUAGGCCAGAAUCUUUCAUGAAACCUAAUCUUUCCAUAUGCAUCCUGUAGGUCUCAUGUUUCCAGAAUGAUUAAAAUAUAGAAUUUCACUUGCUGUGCCACCACAGCCACCCAAGCCCCCAGAGAUUAUAAACCUGCUAAUACACUUCCUUUCUACUCCCACUGACACUGCAGGCAUACCUGCCUUCCCUCUUGACAGUAUAGGACUUUUUUCACCUGUCUUUGCUUAGGAAGCAUAUCACACACUUGGGUUCAGCUGACUGACUGCUCCACAGAGAAGUAAUCAGAAUCACCACCUAGAAGGUGAUUGAGCUGGGAGGUGGUGUAAGAUACUGUAGCUCUUGUUUCUCUGCUGAUACUGCUUCCUUGAGAAUGUUACCACGUUUUACCUGUUAUGUGUAAUGCUGUGUCUGUUGUAGAAGCACAGAGAUGUACUGGAGUCAUUUUAAUAAAUUAAACUGUUUGCAAAUA